AGGGCCGCAGGUUGAGGAGGAGCUGAUCUGUCACAGCAUCACUUUGCAAUCUAGGGAGGGGAGGCUGCCUAUGGGCAACCUGCUGUUCUAGGCACGAUGCAGAUGAAGCCAGGGACGCUUCCACCUUCUGAGCUCUCCUUCCUCGGGCUCUUUGCUCCCUGUAAUGACAGGUUUAAAAAAAAAUGUCAGGCAAAAGUGUGGGGUCUUUGCUAUUGGCAGACAUCUGGUACUGGUGGGAGUGGGGAGGAGGCUCUACUCUUUCCCAUCCCCAUGUGGUGUAGUUGAUGACUGCACAUUUUGGGGUGGGAGAAUGAAUUCCUCACCUGAUUGGUUAUGUUCCCCACUGUGCUCCAAUAAUUACUGCUCUGUUCAGCCAGGACAUUAGCUUGGGUGUUGCUACUAUAAUGACCAGCAGUGGAAAAAGUUAAGUGUUGAUGUUCUAAAUGGUUGUUAUUAGGAGACAGCAGGUGGCUGAGGUAAUAUUGUUUAUUGGACCAGCUUUCAAGCUGGUUCCCCAGACCUGAAAAAGACCUCUGUCUAAAUGUUGAAGCUUGUCCGUUUCACCAACAGAAGUUGGUCCAAUAAAAGAUAUUACCUCACCCACCUUGUGUUUCCUAUCUGGGAACCAACCUAUCUACAACAACACUGCAGACGAUCAAGAUAACAGAUGGUUCACACCUCACAGUUGUUGGAGACUGCACAGGCAGGCAGGAUGAACUGUGAUUUACAUGGGAAAUAUUUAUUCCCACACAGAGGCUGGAAAUGUAACAGCUUUUUAAAGGCAAGCCUAUAAGCUGAAACACAAUUCUCCAGCCAAUUAUAAAGUUCAGAGAGCCAGAGUAUAGUUCAUCUAUAUCCUGUUGUGUGUGGAUCUGCCAUGACUCCUUGACAGGUGCCAGAGCCUUUCAGUGAAACUUGAGUAUGCUCAUGCCCCAUAUUUCAUGCAUCAUAGCUGAAUCCACCAUUGUUUUCUGUUUGUGAAGAUAGCAGUCAGGAGAAACUUUUCAUGCAAUAGCAUUUAAUAUGAUCAUGCUCCAAUGAAGGACAAAACAAAGAUAAUGAUUUAACAGGACUUUCCUUUAGUCAUGAUUGUGAGAAACACAUGCUUCCUUGGCUAGUUGUAUCCUAUGUGAGUCAUGAUAUGCCAUAGACACAGGUCAACUGUAACCAACAAAUAUCACUUGUGACUUAAAAUGCAGUCGGAGAAUGUAGAAGAUAAUGUGAUUUGAAAACAAAACUAUUUCAACAUCAGUGGUUAUCAAAUGAGCGAUAGAUUUCUGUAUAUAGUACGUUAGCUGAAGUACUAUACCCUGAAAACACAUACAGACUUUAUAAUUCUAUUUUAGGGAUAUUGUGGAGUCAUUGACUAGCCAUUGACUUUUGUGAUUUAUAGUGUUCCUCAAAACUUGUUGACCUCAAGUCAACUGUCCUCCUUGCUUCCUACCCCAAUCCUUUCCCUUCAGUGUUUCUUCUCCCUUACUUUCUAUUUAGUAAUUCUUAUUUACCAAUCCCUGUGAUUUUUAUUUAAGUUAAACCAAAACAAUCAUGGCAUUAACAUGAUGUUUGACAACCAUCACGUUAUUCACGCUGCUUAUAUGCUAUAUCCCUUUUCUCUCAACCUUUUGUCUGGCUUGUCUAUUGACGUUGCAAGCUCUUCAGGGCAGGGAUUGUCUCUUAUUCUGGAUCCCGCUCUUGAUUGGUUUCCAGGGACAAUUGGAGUACAUUAUUCCUUACAUAUCCCUAUUAUCGUACAGCUGUCUCUUAUUCCCUCUCUUAGCUUUGUGCCCUUUGCCAUGGUGUCUUACUAUGGCUGAAAAAAUAUCUCUGUUGUCCUUUGGCAUCUUUUCGCGCUUUCAAAUUAACUUCUUAAAACCCAUCUCUUAAAGCAACCCUCUCCCAUUUUGUAAUGACCGACACUCUCUCCCCUUUUCCUGACUUGGUAUCCUACGUUGGUUUAAUCUGUUUUAGAUUGAGGUCUUGAGCAAGUGACAUGUCUUAUCAAUGUUUGGUAAAGUGCCGUGUAAAUUAAUGGUGCUGUAUAACUAUGAUAUAUGGUCAGGGAAAGCACAAACACUAUCAUGUUGCAAAGGUACAAUUUCAUAGUGCUUGUCCCAGAGGAGUUCUAAAUUUAUUUCACACUAACAGCCUCACUGUAUUGUAUAAAUUGGUGCACGAGAGAUCCAUUCAUUUAACAUCUCGGACAGUAAUUCAGUUUGGUCCUGAGUACAUUAGUAAAUAUGUUGAAAUAAUUUUAUGUAUUGGUUUAGAUAGAGAUUAAACUCAGAGUUGUAUAAAAUAUUCACAGGGUGAUUUCCAAAGAAAUUUUAUGAGGUUUCAGAUCAUAAAUGUCUAUCAAGUAGAAUUCAAAGUAUAUUCUGCAAAUGAAGGAGAAAUGUCUAGCCUGAAGUAUCAGAUUUAUUCUUAAUAUGUAAAGUGCAGGCUUUGAGAACUGAUAGCGGUCCCUGCAUCAGCCUGAUUGAGAUUUGGCUGAGGAACACUGCAAGGUUCUAAAAGCUGCAGGUCAGCUGUCACAAGUGCGGUGGAAAGAUAUUCUCCAAAAUACAUGGAUGUCUGUGUAAAAAACAUAGUGCUACCACAAUUUUUAUAGUUCAUUAUGGAUAAUGUCUUAUCUUCCAAUUCCAAUUUUAGAUUCUGCCUCAGAGGAAAUAUGGUCUAGUUAUGGUAGUCAGGAGACUUGGGUUAUAUUCUUCAGUCUGUCACUAGCUUGCUACAUAACCUUGGAAAGUCACUUUAUUUAUCUAUAACUUAAUUUCCACAUAUAUAAAAUGGGAAUAUUCCCUACCUUUGGAAAGUACUUUGAGAUCUUCAGCUAAAAGAUCAAAAUGUGUCUUCUGAUAGCCUGCCUUGCCUUCAUCAGUUCCAGCGAGCACUUGAAUCCUGCCCUCACUAAUAUCUGUGAACUCCAGAAGAAUCUACAUAAGAGCAAUACCCUAGAAGAAAUGCCUUUAUAAAGCUACAAAUCCAUUUCUUUGAUUGGACAGAAGUAAUUUCUGAAGUGACCCAUAAUGUCCACAAGUAAUAAGUGAAGGCAUGAGGCAUUCUCCAAAACAUAAAAUUUCAUAAAAUUUUUCCCAAAAUGGGAGAUCUGUCUCUUCUCCAGCAGCUGCAUGGGGAUGUGCUGGUAGGCACUCCUUUAACAAAGAACAGCCAGGAUUAUGCUGCUUUCCUCAACCCGCAUGUUUCACCACAAGAUUCAUCCACAAGAGUUAAUGAGUCACAUAAUCAAAUAUGCCCAGAAUCUCCUAACUGGGGCACUUGGAGCCAUCAGGACUCUGCUGUUUCAGAUGCUCUUGCCCUUGUGACAGAUGAUAAAUCUGAUAGCUUUGCAAACACGAGCUCUUCAAUGUUCUGUUCACGGGAAAUGAUACUGCUACAGUUAACAUUGAUCAAGAUGAUGAUUGCCAAAGUACAGUCCCAGGAAACUGAAUUCAGCAUAAGACAGAAGUACCUUGAUAUAAUAACAAUUCUUCUGAAAGAGACACAAAUUGAUUCAAAAUUAAUUUGUCUAUGCAAUAGUUCUGAUAAACUAUUGUCUCACAUGGCUUCAAAAAGUAUAGCCUCCCUUAUAUAUUUCCAACUAAAGAAAGAGAAUACAUUUAAUGUCACCUGGCUCACUUUUUGUUUGAAGACUCUGUCAGAAUUCCCUAAGAGUGAUCAAGUAGCAGAAUGUCUAUGGAUUCUUAGAGCUAUUAUUAGAGACAUUUUGAAAGAUAAAGAUUUGCACAAAGCAGAUCUCCUGAAAAAGGUUUUCACUCCUCUUGAUACUGUACUUGAAGGAUUUUACAAUUCCAUUUUGUCUCAUCGUUUUAACAGCUUCCAGGAUACUUCACUAUAUUCUAAAGCUGCAAACAACUUGAUCGGAUUCAUAGAUUUUCUUGAAGUUCUUGUGGCCUCAAGAAUCCAAAUAGAGUCACAUUUCAAAUGCCAAAGAAUUUUAUUUUUGAAUACUUCUUGCAUCUUGGACCUCACUUAUUCAUCAGUUCAUUAUUUAAUCAAGAAGAAGUCCAUUAUGCUCCUCAAAAAAUGCAUCCUUUAUAAAGCUGGUGAAGAUUUCAUAAGUGGAUCAUUACCCCCUUUAUCCCUACAGGAUCCUUAUUUGGAUAAGGAUAUGUUAGCGCUGGCUAAUGUUGUUUUGCAAGCUGUGAAUUUGGGGUGGCUGAAUCAAAUACCUGUUUCUGAAAAAGCCAGUUAUUUUGGAGGCAGUGAAGCUCAACCUGAGGAUGGCAGCCGCAGUGGUCCUGACCAAGUAAUCCUCAGAGCCUUAAGUUUGGUUUUACUUAAAGCUUUAGAGAUCAAGGUGCAGAACUCUACUAAAGCAGCUGAAAUAAAAGCAGACUUGCAGAGUUUCAUGUCCCGGUUAUUGAUAUUCUUGAAGAAACAUCUGAAGUCUUCUCCACAUUUUCAUUCAAAUGUACAUCCUUGUGAGUGGCUUUCCAUGGUCUUUAUAGAACAAGAUGAUGACAUGCUGGAAGCUGCUAAAUCUUUGUUAACGGUUUAUUUAAAGUUUGAUAGGUUAUGGCAUGAUGCUGCUGAUAACUUGUGCCUUGCAGCAGAAGACGACGAAACCUGGAUCUGCCUGACACAUGAGAGUGGCUGUAAUCCUCACUGUAUCUUUUUAUUUUUCCUAAAAAGUAUUGCGUUUGAUUCCACAGUUCUUCUUGACUUUUUGAUUUCAUCAGAAACCUGCUUCCUUGAGUAUUUUGUAAGAUAUUUAAAACUUCUUAGAGAAGACUGGCAUCAUUUUGUCAACAUCUCUAACUGCUUUGAUAUUGCGUCUAAAAGAGGUGUGUGUGUUUCUUUUGUCACCUCAUCCCACCAAGAAAAAAAAACCUGUCUGACAGAUUUAAGUUUGGAGAAUGCUUGUUGUGAUCCAGUACAACACACUCUGGUAUCUUUGGCUUCUUCCCAGAAGCCUUCUGUACCCAUGGAACAGCAAGGUGAUGACCAAGUUGUAAAACCCAACAAGUCUAACUCAUUGAUAUGGACUGAUAACACAUCUGCAUUGGAUUGCCUUCAAAGCCUUGUUAAUUAUGACAGUUCAGAAGAUUCUGAAUUUGAAUCAGUGGGAAAGGAGUGUUUGGCAAACAUGAAGCAGAUGCCUUCAAACAAUCAAGGCAGUACAAAGAUAAGGGAAACUGUUUGUAUGGACGUACAUGACAAACCCCAUACACUUGAACCUAAAGUGUUGCCCCUGAAACAAAAAAGUUCUAAUCCCUUGUCACUCGGGGUAUGUAAUGUGUCUCCAAAUAACCCUGUGCCUGUAGAAAGAAUGCUUCUCAAAUCAAUGAAAUGUCUGGAAGAACUGCAAAAAGCAAUUUCUAGGUUACAGAGAAGAAAUCUUUUCCCAUACAACCCAGCUGCAUUGUUGAAACUGUUGAGUCACAUUGAGACAACCAAUAAAAGCAUGAAUCUACUAUAAGACAAUGAAGUGCUAUUGUUGACAUUUUGAAGUGAUUUCACACUAGUAUGUGAUGGAAUGUUUCCACAAGAAGAGUGUACAUGCUCAGAGAUACAUUCCUUUUGGACCUAUCAGCGUGUUUAGACCAAGCAGGCUCAACGGGCUGCCAACUGACACUUUGAAAAGACAAAUCUGCAGCGGUGUUUAAGUACUCAACCUGUUGUUUCAUGGUCCCAAACUUAUUUAUGGUACGUAUGACAGAGUGAGGGUGAGUUACUGGGGAUUAGCAAAUUUAACAAUAAAUUGAUUAUUCACAGAAAGACAUAAUAAAGUACUUCCAUUUGAAGUGUAAGGUGUAAUUCUUCCUAAUGUCAUUCUAAUAUCGUAAGAGCCAACUAGAUUGCAAUGAUAAUUCCAGGCUCAAGUACUUAGCACAGCUAUGUAAGCUCUUUGGGGCAAGGUUCGUCUGUUCUGUGUUUGUAAUGCCACAGGGCCUCGGAGCCUUAGUCACAGACCAGGACCCCGUUGUGCUAGGUGAUGUACAAACCAAAAAUUAUAUCCCAUUCCUCCACUUCUGUGAUUUUAAUGCUAAGUUAUAUUUAUUGUUUCGCUUUUUGGCCUUUUCUGUAGGUCUGAUCAGCUAGUAGCAUAGCACUUUUAUCGGUCCAAAUUGGAAUUGAUGAUGUCACUAAAAACUGAGUUUAAAAUUAAUGCCUAAAACAUAAUCAGGUGUGUUCCUUUUUAAAAAAAAAAAAAAGUUGAACUAGUAUGUAAAUUCCCUAUUUAAAUGAAAAUUUGUUAAUGCAGCAUUAAAUUUAAAAUCAAAAUUGUGCAAUGCACAAGUAAAAUUUCAAUGGCAAUGCUUACGGAGGUGCAUUAAUAUAUAGGGUGUUAUGAUAUAAAAUGCAUAGCACCGUAGCAUAUUAAAAUACACCAAUUAUUAAAAAAUGGAUAACUGGCUUGAAUUGCAAAUAUACAAUGUAAACAUUACUAUUAGAACAUAUCUUCUCCAUUUACUCACUACCUGUGAUUAACUGACUAAUCUCACUGUUGCUAAUGGCUGUGUUAAUGCAUUUAAAUUGCUUAAUGUUAUGCAUAAUGUUAUAAUUUUAUAUAUAUUUUAAAUACUGCCAGUUGGGCAAUAUCUUUCACAUAUUAAUGAAGUAAGAAGGGUGGGUGGAUAAAUUUCCUGUUUGGCAGGUGCCAAUUUUCUAUCAGUUUACUCUAGCUACAAUGACUAGCUUCACAACUUAAAAAGAUUUUUUUUUUUUUUUUAAAUGGAAGCUUAGAAUUUUCAGGAUAUUGUAGAAUGCAGCAAAAUUGGAGAGGCCCUACAUUUUGGGAUUAUUUUUUUUUAAAAGAUUGUGUUACUUGUAUAUAAAAGUAAUACAUUGCUAAAUUGUGUAGAAAUGAGAAUUUUUUUACCUCUGCUGCAAUAAAAAUGGCUGCAGACGGUUUGUUCAAACUUUCCAGACCAGAUUUCACCUUUUGAGGCUGAAAUUUUCCAUGCUUGGCCUUUGCCCGACAUUGAAUCUUGCACAUAGUUAGGAAUGGGUGAAAAUGGGAGUGAUGGGGGCCCCGCCAGGGGCUUUCCCUGCACAAGCGGCGCCCCUAGUUUGGGAACCACUGCUCUAUAAGCAAUAGCGUAAGUGCCAUAGUAUCCUGGGGAGGAUCUGGAUGUAAGAAUUAAUAAAAUGUGCUGUAAGGAGGCAAGUAAUUACUAUUAAAAGCUGUUACAGUGCAUGCAUCUCUUUAAGAAUAGGUAUUAAUUACUGGAAAUCUGUCUAAAUCCAGGACACUUGUGGUUCUUUGUGGACUCUAUUUCCGCCAAUAUUUCUACUUUUCCACAUUUUAAUUUUUUGGUCUCCCAUUAUGGGUUGGAGACUUAAUAAAUCAAACUUCUUGAAUUCAUCUACAGUAGAACAAUUUUCUUGGCAAAUUUGUGAAUAAAAAGCCUGACAUGG